AUGGCCGCGGAUUUAGAUAUGGUGAACUUGUUGGUCCUUGCUGGUGCAACGUUGGCCAUUCCUAUUCUGUCUUUUGUGGCCUCUUUUAUCCUCUGGCCCUCAGCCCUCAUCAAAAUAUAUUACUGGUACUGGAGGAGGACCCUGGGUCUACAGGUGCGCUAUGCAGACUGUGGGGGAUACCGCUUCUGUUACUCUUACAGAGGGAAGCCGGGGUUCAGACCAUCCAUCCUCAUGCUACAUGGUUUCUCUGCUCACAAAGACACAUGGCUAACUAUGGUCAAGUAUCUACCCAAACACCUGCACAUACUGUGCGUGGAUAUGCCUGGCCAUGAGGGAACCACUCGUACCAACUCAGAGGACUACUCCAUCCCGGGCCAGGUCAAGAGGAUUCAUCAGUUUGUGGAGAACGUUCGACUGAACAGGAAGCCCUUCCAUCUGGUCGGGACCUCCAUGGGGGGCAAUGUGGCAGGAGUGUACGCAGCCAGCUUCCCCUCUGAAAUCUGUAGCAUCACCCUUAUCUGUCCAGCAGGUAUACGAUACCCCUGUGAGACCAAAUUUGACAAUCAUCUGCAGGACCUUGAGCACAGCCAUUACACUCUGAGCAUCCCACUUAUUCCGUCCACACCAGAGGAGAUGGAGGAUAUGCUCAGGCUUUGCUCCCAUGUCCGCUUUAAGAUCCCUCAACAGAUUCUUCAAGGACUGGUGGAUGUUCGGCUUCCACACAAUGAUUUUUAUCAAGAAGUUUUCAUGGAGAUAUUGGGUGAGAACUCCAGAUACGCCCUACAGGAACAUUUGCAGCAGAUUACGGCCCCUUUGCAAGUCAUUUGGGGCAAACAGGACCAGGUGGUGGAUGUCUCUGGAGCUGUGGUAGUGGCGGAGGCCUUGCCCGGUUGCAGGGUGGACCUGUUAGAGAACUGUGGCCACUCUGUGGUGAUGGAGAGGCCUCGCCGGACAGCCAAACUCAUCAUGGAGUUUAUUAUCUCCCUGGGUACCACCAGCGGAACCAUUAAGAAGCGCUCCUGAGAAAUACAUUCUUUAUGGAAGUUUUACUAUUUAGUCAAGCAUUUUAUUUUGAAAUGUUUUAAAAAAAUGGUUUAACGAUCAACUAUUUACUGUAAACUCUUAAUUUUUCAGAUUCAGGUAUUUUUUUCACCCAUGUAAUAUCUUGGUCAAAUAUGUUGUUUUCCUCUUCCUGCAAUGUUUGAUCACAUUUGACUAAAUUAUUAAACCCUGCCUGUGUCUAAUUUAAUUGAUUUUCAUCAAACUAUGCUGAUGGAAUGUUUGUAGCUUGCCUAUGUGCAUAAAAUAAAGAAU